AUGGACCUAUUUAAUGCUGCUUUAGGAGAAAAUAUUACUUUCGUGCGUCCCCCCUAUUUUAUAAUAAGUGGAUUUAUUGGCUUACCUGAUAUGAAGUAUUACUACGUCUUCCUCUUCUUUGUCUUUAUUAUUUCAGUGCUGGGAAACACGACUGUAAUGGCUUUAAUAUAUCUGGAUCAUAACCUAAGAACUCCGAAGUAUGUUGCAGUUUUUAACCUUGCAUUGGUGGACCUGCUAGGUAGCUGUGCUCUGGUUCCAAAGCUUCUUGACAUAUUUUUGCUUAAUCACUAUUAUGUCCCCUACAAUGAGUGUUUGACGUUCUUUUUUUUCUGCUACACCUGUCUUUCAAUGCAGGCUCUGAAUCUAGUUGCUCUCUGCUAUGACCGACUGAUGGCUAUCAUGCUUCCUCUGCACUAUCAUGUAAAUGUUACCUAUAAGAUUAUGUUUUCUUUGAUUGCCUCCUUGUGGCUCAUUGUUAUUUUUUCAAAUUUAAUUGCUGUUGGUUUGCUCACAAGACUUUCCUUCUGUAAGUCUCUGGUUGUUAACAGCUAUUUCUGUGACCAUGGGCAGAUAUAUAAUCUUGCCUGCAAUGAUAAUUUCCCUAAUUUAGUCAUUGCUAGAUUGUUCCCAGUUCUUAUUCUGUGGCUCCCUUUUGUAUUCAUCGUGUUUAGUUACAUUUGUAUUGGGUGUGUUUUAGCCAAAGUUGCCACAGCUCAGGAGAGAGCAAAUACUUUUAAAACCUGCACAGCUCAUCUCUCAUUGGUGGUAAUCUAUUUUAUCCCGAUAAUAAUCACAUUCACCAUGAGUGCAAGUAUACAUCCCAAUGCAAGAAUCAUAAACUUGUCCUUGACAUCUGUGUUUCCACCCAUGCUGAACCCAAUCAUUUAUGUUUUGCAGACACAAGAAAUAAAAGGUUCACUGAAGAAAAUAUUGAAAAUGAGGAGGCAAUCCAGAGUUAUAGGAAAAUAG